UAUCCAAGCAGCUGGCUGAUCGUCGCUCGUUUAUCCAGUUGCAUAAACUGCAGCCUAUGCAUCGUGGUAUCGAUACAUCAUCGGAACCCAGCACUUAUAUUGCUGAUUCGGAGGGCAAGCUUAUUCCUGCAGCUUCAACCGCCAGCCGCAGAAAAAUCGACAGCUUCAGUUCCUGGCUGGAGGCAUUUUUAAUUUUCAUCCGUUAUCGCAUCUUCCAUCAUCCAGACUUGGCCCCGGGUUUUCUGGCUUACAUUGAUAUCAUUAGAGGUUUAGCAUUAACACGACCUUUAUUGAUUUGGUUAGAUUACGACCGCCGGUUUCGUGAAAGGAUGACCUUCCCUGAUGUGAAUGAAACAGCUUGGUUUUCCGAAGAUUCGUCCAUCAUGGCGGAUGUGUUGCGUUCCAUCCCUACUUUUCCCGCGGUUUAACAGCCACCUCCGCAGAACUUAAGUUUUACCUCAUCACUUCAAUUGCCGCCGCAUCCCAAUGCCGCUUUUAAUCCAUCUGCAAAGCCGCCCUACGGAUGCUUCGUCUGCCGCGAUCCGAAUCAUUACGCGACCUUUUGUCCUCAACGUGCAAAGCCUGUUAUGUCAAACGCUCCAUCUCAGCCAUCCGCCUCUCGUUUAACGCAGCCCUUUCGCGGGCCCCGCGUUGCCGUAUGCAGGGACUACAACGCGGGAAAGUGCCAGUCCCCAUGCCCCCAUCGAAGAAUACAUGUGUGCGACCAGUGCUUCGAAACCAGUCAUACUCGCGAGCACCAUACCGGUCCCAGUAGCAGCUAACCCAUUUACGCCACUCCGCCCUUUUAAGUUCCUGGGUUAUUUGCGUGAGUAUCCUAAUCGGGCAGCAGUAAACAGUUUCAUUGCAGGAUUGUUGUACGGUUUCGUCAUCGGGUUUACCGGUUCUCAGCACUCGCGUUACACUCCCAAUGCCCUGACAGCUCGCAACCAUCCUGAGAUUGUACGAAAGUACCUUGCCAAAGAAAUCAGUCUGCGUCAUACGCUAGGACCUUUCGAUUACAUUCCGCUGCCACAUUUCGUCAUUUCUUCUCUCGGAGUCCGACCUAAAAAGACCGGCGGAGCGAGACUAAUCAUGGAUCUGUCUCGUCCUUUCGGCGACUCUGUGAACGAUUCGAUUUGUCAAAAAACCUGUUCAAUGAAAUUCUGUUCUGUAGACGACGCUGUGAGAAUCGUUACGCGGCUCGGCAAAGGCGCGUUAAUGGCAAAGAUGGACCUCAAGCACGCCUUCCGUUUAAUCCCGGUACACCCGGAUGAUUGGCAUCUCCUGGGGUAUUCUUUCGACAAUAAAUACUACUUUGAUGUUGUUUUGCCUUUUGGCUGCCGUUCGUCUCCGGCGAUAUUCGAUCGCAUGGCUUCGCUUGUGCACUGGAUUAUCGUUCACGUGGGAAAGUUUGCAGAUGUUUUACACUACAUGGACGAUUUCUUCUUUGCUGGUGUUUCUAACUCUCCGAUGUGUAGACUCGCCACGGAACUGAUGGCCAUUCUGUGUCAGGAUCUCGGUGUUCCUUUAGCCCCGGAAAAGACGGAAGGUCCGUCUGCCCAGUUGACCUUUCUGGGCAUUUGCAUUGACUCCGAAUCUCAAACGCUCUCGAUUCCUGCAUCAAAAGUCCAAGAGCUCCAAAACGAGUUCGUAGUUUUCUCGGCCAAAACAUCCUGCUGUAAGCGUGACCUUUUGAGUCUGAUCGGAAAACUCAGUUUUGCAACAAAAUGUAUACCUGCCGGGAGAAUUUUUCUACGUCGAAUGAUCGACACUUCGCUGUCCGUUAAAGAUCUGCGUCAACAUGUAACUCUUUCCCGUGAAUUCCACGCAGAUCUUCAGUGGUGGAUUCGGUUCUUACCUCUGUGGAAUGGUACAACUUCUUUUAUCGAACCAAAUUGGACUGACUGUGCUUCUCUGCAGAUAUUCACCGAUGCAUGUGGCUCUGGCUGUGGUGCAAUUUUCGGUUGCCGGUGGUUUUAUAUCUCUUGGCCGGACAGCAUCUUAUGCGUCCAGCCGCAUAUAACCUGGUUGGAAAUGGCGCCGAUAUUCUUUGCUUGUUCUAACUGGGGAUCGCAGUGGCAUGGCAAGCGGUUGACCUUUUUCACCGACAACCAGGCAGUGUCUCAAGUCUGGGCAAAGCUUUCUUGUAAGCAUUCGGGGGUGAUGGAUCUCGUUCGUGCGAUUCAUUUUGAAGCUGCUCGCCAUAAUUUUCACAUACGAAUUAAAUACCUUCCUGGGUGCGAGAAUUUAGCGGCCGAUGCAUUAUCCCGGCAUGAGAUGGUCAAGUUUUUUGAAGCACAUAAGACAGCUUCUGCAGAACCGGACAUGUUUACGCCUGAUUUCUCAGCAUUUCUUCCUACCUUGAUCGGUUCUCAACGAUGCCCGUUGAUGAAUCAAGCGCAGUUUAACUGCACUAUUACUUCGCUACUGCACGCUCAUUUAGCCCCCUCAAGCCGUCAGGCAUACGGAUCUGCACUACGUUGCUUCAACAGCUUUUGUUCUACUUUCAAGUACAUACAGAUGCCCACGGAUUCUCAUGUCCUUCAGAAUUUUGUAGCAUUCUUGUACCAGAAAGGUCUUUCGUGUGCAACUGCACGGGUAUACCUUUCUGCCGUUAUCACUCAUCAUCUUUUAAACGGCCAUCGCGAUCCCUUGCCGGAUAAGCGGUUUGUGGCAUUCAUGUUUUCUGGAUGGACGAGAAUCCGUGGGCAAUCUGUCCGUAAACGCGAUGGAAUUACUUUGGACAAACUAGUCUUUCUCCUUCGUUUUAUUUCUUCUCUCCCCAUUCCUUCUUACACUAUUGCAAUGCUUCGGGCUGCCGUUACUGUAUCUUUCUAUGGUUUUCUUCGUGUUUCCGAGUUCUGUGCUCCCAAACAGACAGCCAUUUCCCUGUCAACUCUUCUCAGAUCUGAUGUGGCUGUUUCAGCGCAUGGUCUUCUUCUGACUCUAAAAAUUUCGAAGUCUUCUCAGUUUGCUCCUGUAACAGUUCUGCUUCCUCCUCUGCGCAGUGAAACUUGUCCAGUUCUUAACUUUCGUAAUUACUUAAUAUUCCGAGAUCGCUUUCAUACUUCCGUGUCUCCUUUGUUUAUGUUUCAUGAUGGAGUUUUCCUAACGCGUCAGUAUCUGACUACAUUAUUCAAGAGAUGCCUCGGUCCUGAAUACUCAUGCCAUUCCAUUCGAAUUGGCGCUGCAACUACAGCUGCCAUCGCCGGAAUCCCAGCGGAUCAGAUUCGAAUGCUUGGCCGUUGGUCAAGCGAUGCAGUUAAUCGUUACAUUCAGUCUGACACUCUCCUUAUUUCAAAAUUGCUUACUAAUAUGUCAUCUGUACUGGCGGUUUAGUUUUUUUCAGUAAAAUUGCCGUUUGUGUUUGGUUCCGCUCCGGGUUGGGGGUUGCGUUCCGCUUUGGGGGUGUCCGGCGCGGUUUGUG